UUCACGUUUAAGCCAGCAUAGCUUGACAUUUUUUUCUCAGUCUCCACUCCCUCACUUUCUCUCAUUUUCUCUCACUUUCCGGGAAAAUAAUGUCCAAGUGCAACAAAAUCCGGCACAUUGUGAGAAUCCAGCAAAUGCUUAAACGGUGGCGUAGGAAGGCAAGAGUCACAGCAGGAGCAACAAGUUCACGUACUGCUGCUGCCCCAUCUGAUGUCCCAGUUGGCCACGUGGCAAUCUGUGUAGGAGCCAGUUGCAAAAGGUUUGUUGUACGAGCGACGUACCUUAACCAUCCCAUCUUCAAAAACUUGCUCGUCGAAGCCGAGGAAGUGUACGGCUUCAAAAACACCGGGCCGUUAACUAUCCCGUGUGACGAGGCUGUCUUCGAAGAGAUCAUCCGGGUCGUGUCGAUAUCCGACCCGAUCCAAUCGGGUCGGUUUUUAAACCUUGAUGAAAUUAAGAGAUGCUGCCACGUGGGAUUGAGGGGGAAUAUUGAGCUUUUGGGUGAAUCAACGCCGUUGCUUCAUGGUUAGGCGGUUAUGGGUUGACUCAGCGAGUUACUGAGUCGUAACAAUGUUAAUAACUUUUUUCUUAGAAUUAUUUUUUGAGGCAGUGGGUUUUUUUAACUGGGUUAUAUAGAGUUUGUUUUUCCCCCCUUAUUGGAGAUGGCAAGUAGGGGUUGGUUUUUUCACUAACCGAGUCAUCCCGAGUUGAAGAAAAAUGGGAUGGAGAGUUCCUAUCGUAUUUAUAUUUAUUUAAUUGUAAAUCAUGACUCUUUGAACUAAUUGUAGAAGAGAAAGCGUAAAAAAUUCGUACUAGAUCAAUUCUAUAAUUAACGGAUAAUAUUCUGUUAAA